UGUCUCAAUAUUUGGCUCAACAUAAAAAAAAUAAAAAAAUAAAAUAAAAUUUAGGUCUCAAAACUUUUGACCAUUCUACACUUGAUUAAGAUUCCUGUCACCACAAUUCGCAAUCAUCAUCUUCUAAACUGUCUCAAUUCGGACAAUAGAAACCUCCAAUUCUCGUUCCAUGGAUUCCCCAAAAUCAUAAAACCUCCAUCAAAAACCAUCAAUGGCGAACUCAUCAUCAAUAAUGGACUCAUUUUUUCAACGUUCAUUAGACGAUUUAAUCAAAGGAAUCCGACUCCAUUCCCCAGAAUCAUCAACAUCCAUUUCAUCUUUCCUCUCAAAAUCAAUCGAAGAAAUUCGCCGCGAAAUCAAAUCAACAGACCCACAAACAAAAUCAACCGCACUUCUCAAGCUAACAUACCUUCAUUCAAUUUACGGAUUCGACAUUUCUUGGGCUGCGUUUCAUGUAGUAGAAGUAAUCAGCUACCCGCAAUUCAAUCUCAAACGAAUUGGGUAUUUAGCUGCUUCUGCUACUUUCAACGAAUCUACCGAGGUUCUUCUUCUUGUGACAAAUCAGUUCAGGAAAGAUCUUUCCAGUGCGAAUGAUUUCGAGGUGAGUCUUGCUCUUCAAUGCUUAUCGGUUAUAGGAACAUCGGAUUUAUGUCGUGAUUUAUGCAAUGAUUUGUUUACAUUGUUGUCUAGUACUAGACCUUAUGUUAAGAAGAAGGCGAUUGCUGUUGUUUUGAGGGUUUUUAAUAAAUACCCAGACGCUGUUCGGGUGUGUUUUAAGAGAUUAGUUGACAAUUUGGAGAGUUCAGACCCUCAGGCUGUUUCGGCGGCUGUUGGGGUGUUCUGUGAGCUUAGUUUACGAGACCCAAAGGCAUAUUUGCCAUUAGCGCCCGAGUUUUAUCGGAUUUUGAUUGAUUGUAAGAAUAAUUGGGUGUUGAUUAAGGUGUUGAAGAUGUUUGGUAAGUUGGCAUUGUUAGAGCCUAGGUUAGGGAAGAAGAUUGUUGGUCCAAUUUGCGAGAUUAUGGAGAAAUCCAUGGCGAAGUCGCUGGUGUUUGAGUGUAUUCGGACUGUAGUGAGUAGUUUGAGUGAUCAUGAAUCUGCUGUUAAGCUUGCUAGUGUGAAGAUUAGGGAGUUGUUGGCUGAGGAUGAUCCUAAUCUAAAGUAUCUUGGUUUACAAGCGCUUUCUGAUCUUGCUACUAAGCACUUGUGGGCGGUGUUGGAAAAUAAAGAUGUUGUGCUUAAGUCUCUUAGUGAUGUGGAUCCUAAUAUUAAGCUAGCUUCGCUGCGUCUUCUCAUGUCCAUGGUGUCGGAGGAUAAUGUGGCUGAAAUUACCAAGGUUUUAGUUAAUUUUGCCUUGAAGUCCGACCCUGAAUUCUGUAAUGAGAUCCUCAGAUCAAUUCUGGUAACUUGUUCUGGGAAUUAUUAUGAGAUUGUUUUCGAUUUUGAUUGGUAUGUAUCACUUCUUGGCGAAAUGGCCAGGGUACCGCACUGUCAAUCAGGGGAGGAAAUUGAGAGCCAGCUUGUUGAUAUUGGUAUGAGAGUAAAGGAUGCAAGACCAGAAUUGGUCAAGGUUGGUCGGGAUCUGUUAACUGAUCCUGCAUUACUUGGUAACCCUUUCUUACAUGGGAUAUUAUCUGCUGCUGCUUGGGUUUCUGGUGAGUAUGUUGAGUUUUCAAAGAACCCAUUUGAAUUGAUGGAGGCAUUGUUGCAGCCACGUACUAAUUUACUGCCACCAUCAGUAAGAGCUGUCUACCUUCAAUCCACAUUUAAGGUUUUGGUGUUUUGCCUUCAGUGUUAUAUCUGGCAGAGAGAAGAAGUGGAUGCUUCAUCCCUUGCUGGCGAUUUGACAUCCUUGGGAAUCGAUUCUAAGUGUGGAUUGCAAUCCCCUGAAAGCCGUACUUUGUCAACACAUGGAGCAAUUGCAAAUUCUGAGCAAAACCUUGAGUCUGCUAUCAGGGAUUCUAAUUGGCCAUUUGAGGAUUUUGACAAUCAAGAUGCUUUGCAAGAAAAUCACACUUCAGCAUUGUCUGAGACAGAAAUUUCAACCCAAGACCCAGUUGUUAAGUUGUUAAACCUGACUGAAACAGCUGUAGUACCGUUGAUAUGGAGUCAUGAAGUGGAAGUACAAGAGAGGGCACGAAACAUUCUCGGAGUUGUGCAGAUAGUGAAGCAAGACAUUCUUGGAGUUGGAGCUAUGCAUGAAACAUCAGGGAAGAAAGACUUUGAAGUUUGUGAAAUCACUAAUCUCUUUGAUGAUCUGUUUGAGGAAGAGCUUGGUCCAGUUUCUGUAAAUGCUCAAGCAAGAAUUCCUGUACCUGCUGAUCUUAUUUUCAAAGAUAAUCUUACUGAUUUGGAUUUGAUAUAUAGUGACCUUCAGUUAAGUUCAUCAACUUCAUUUUCUCUCGGAACUUCCCGUUCCAGAGAGGAAGAUAAUGAUCCCCUUUCUAAUGGUCAAGGUAGAGAAGAUUUAGAAUCAUCAACAAUAUCCGGAUCUCUGCUUGCACAGCACCGCAAAAGACAUGGAUUAUAUUAUCUUACUUCAGAGAAGGAUGAAACGGGAUCUAAUGAUUAUCCUCCUGCCACUGAAAGUAAAUAUCUAGAUAAGAAUGGAGAUGAGGUGAAUGAUCUUGUGAAAUUAACUGAGCAAUCACUUACUAUUAAGAAAAGGCAAAACCAUGCUAAGCCUCGGCCAAUGGUUGUUAAACUAGACGAGGGUGAAAAUUUCAUACCUGCAAAGAAGUUAGAAAUCAAAGAUGAGUUGCUUUCUGGGGCUGUGAGGGACGCUCUGUUAGAAAAUGAAGAAGUGUCUACUUCAUCAAAAUUUAGCGAAGCUGGUAAGCCAUCUGUUGAAAGAAAAGGGAAGGAAACACUCGUCAUUGAUGGUCCUCCUGAUCUGAGAGAGCAUUCUGUUACUGCAGAUUCUGAGGUUGGGAAUUCGAGUUCUAGAAGAAGCAAGCAUAAAAAUCAUAGCAAGGAGAGACGACAGCAUAGUCAUGGUGAAAGUGGUGAAGGUAAAGAAGAAAGAAGUAGAAAGGAAAAGAAAAAGAGCAGUCAUCAUCGUCAUAGCAGACACAAAACACAAGAGAAACAGGGCAGCUCAAAUAAUGCCUCCAAUCAAACUCCACAAAUCCCAGACUAUUUGUUAUAGCAGGAGGAUUUGUAAUGAUUUUUGUGAAAUGCACAGGUUUUUUGCAAUCCCUUUGAAUAUUGAGGUGUGUCUUUGUGAUGAUCUUUCUCAGACUCUGUCAUGAAUUUGUCAUUUCACAGUGUUUGCGUUUGUGUUGAUUUUUGGUGUAAUCCAUUCAUUUAUUUAUUUAGUUUGAAAAAGUUUACU